CGCAGGCGCAGAGGCUUCCAUCCGGGUCUCGAAGCUGAGGUGAAUCCAAGAUGGCGGCGGUGGGCGCUCCGGGAGCGGAGGCGGCGGUUUCUUCGGCCUCGACGCCGACCUCGACGUCGUCGGCAGCGGUCACGGCGGCGGCUCCGUCUUCGUCGACGCCGCAGCCUCCGGGAGGGAGCACGGCGGCGGCUCCCCCGGCUCCUCCUCCUCAGGCGGCGGGCUCGGAGGCCGCUCCAGGCGGGGGCUCGGGCGGGUCUUCGUCGUCGGCGUCCUCCUCAGGCGGCGGCGGAGGAGCCGGCGGGGCCUCGUCGUCGUCGCCGUCCUCGUCGGAGUCGUGGUACGUGGCGCUGCUGGGCCUGGCCGAGCACUUCCGCACCUCCAGCCCGCCCAAAGUGCGCCUCUGCGUCCACUGCCUCCAGGCCGUGCUGCCACGCAAGCCCCCGGCCCGGGUCGAGGCCCGCACCCACCUCCAGCUCGGCUCCGUCCUCUACCACCACACCCGCAACGGCGAGCAGGCCCGCGGGCACCUCGAGAAGGCCUGGCUGAUAUCGCAGCAUAUCCCACAGUUUGAAGAUGUUAAAUUUGAAGCCGCCAGCCUUCUGUCUGAGCUGUAUUGCCAAGAGAACUCUGUGGACACCGCCAAGCCGCUGCUGCGCAAAGCCAUCCAAAUCUCCCAGCAGACUCCCUACUGGCACUGCCGCCUCCUGUUCCAACUUGCGCAACUUCACACGUUGGAAAAAGAUUUGGUUUCUGCCUGCGAUCUUCUCGGCGUCGGAGCAGAGUAUGCCCGCGUGGUAGGAUCAGAAUAUACCCGAGCACUGUUUCUUCUGAGCAAAGGCAUGCUGCUUCUCAUGGAGCGGAAGCUGCAGGAGGUCCACCCACUCCUCACGCUUUGUGGGCAGAUCGUGGAGAACUGGCAGGGGAACCCCAUCCAGAAGGAGUCGCUCCGGGUCUUCUUUCUGGUCCUGCAGGUGACCCAUUACCUGGACGCCGGGCAGGUCAAAAGCGUCAAGCCCUGCCUGAAGCAGCUCCAGCAGUGCAUCCAGACCAUCUCCACCCUCCACGACGAUGAGAUCCUGCCCAGCAAUCCCGCCGAUCUCUUCCACUGGCUGCCCAAGGAGCAUAUGUGCGUCCUGGUUUACCUGGUCACGGUGAUGCAUUCCAUGCAGGCCGGCUAUUUGGAAAAGGCGCAGAAAUACACCGACAAAGCGUUGAUGCAGCUGGAGAAACUCAAAAUGCUGGACUGCAGCCCGAUCUUGUCGUCCUUUCAAGUGAUUCUAUUGGAGCACAUCAUCAUGUGUCGCCUGGUCACGGGCCACAAAGCCACCGCCUUGCAGGAGAUCUCCCAGGUUUGCCAGCUCUGCCAGCAGUCCCCCCGGCUGUUCUCGAACCACGCGGCUCAGCUUCACACUCUUCUGGGUUUGUAUUGCAUCUCGGUCAACUGCAUGGACAACGCCGAAGCCCAGUUCACGACGGCGCUCCGGCUGACCACCCAUCAGGAAUUGUGGGCUUUCAUUGUGACCAACCUGGCCAGCGUCUAUAUCCGGGAAGGGAACCGGCAUCAAGAGCUAUACAGUUUAUUGGAACGGAUAAAUCCCGACCACAACUUCCCUGUGAGCUCCCACUGCCUCCGUGCGGCCGCCUUCUACAUCCGCGGGCUCUUCUCCUUCUUCCAAGGGCGCUACAACGAAGCCAAGCGUUUUUUGCGGGAGACCCUGAAGAUGUCCAACGCGGAGGACCUGAACCGGCUGACGGCCUGCUCCUUGGUCCUUCUGGGCCACAUCUUCUACGUUUUGGGCAACCACCGGGAGAGCAACAACAUGGUGGUGCCGGCCAUGCAGCUGGCCAGCAAGAUCCCGGAUAUGUCUGUGCAGCUGUGGUCCUCGGCCCUCUUGCGAGACCUGAACAAAGCCUGCGGGAAUGCUAUUGAUGCCCACGAAGCGGCCCAGAUGCACCAGAACUUCUCCCAGCAGCUGCUCCAGGACCACAUCGAGGCCUGCAGCCUCCCGGAGCACAACCUCAUCACGUGGACGGACGGGCCUCCGCCGGUGCAGUUCCAGGCCCAGAACGGACCCACCACCAGCUUGGCCAGUUUGUUGUGAAGCAGAAAAAGAGACAAAAAUGGGGUCUUUUCUUCGUACGGAGCUCUUUUUUUUUUUUAAUGGGACGAAAAUCAUGACGGACUUUCCUCUGCCGCCGGAAGCUUGCUGUACAUAGAUAUGUAUAUUUGCGUGUUGUGUGUGUGUGUGUGUGUGUGCGCGAGAGAGAGAGAGAACGGGGUCUCUUCUUCCUUCUCAGAAUUAGAUUUGUACCAUUUUUGUGUGAUUUUUUUUGUGUGUGUGUGUCACGAAGGACCGACCCUGGCCUUUGUUGACGUUUUGUAUCCCCGAAACCGGUGUAUUUCUCGCCUUUUUGGUUCCCCAGAAAUACGAUAAAUCGGUCCCAAGAGCAACGCCGUCCCUUUUGUGGCUUCGCUCUUUGUCCCCGUACUCUUGGGUCUGGCCAUGUGCCGGUAGCAUUCUCUCCUGACGUUUUGCCUGCAUCUAGGGCAGGCAUCCUCAGAGGUUGUGAGGUCUGUGGGGUUAUAUAUAUAUAUAUAUAUAUAUAUAUAUAUAUAUAUAUCCAGUAGAGGCUCACUUAUCCAACAUAAACGGGCCGGCAGAACAUUGGAUAAGCGAAUAUGUUGGAUGAUAAGGAGGGAUCAAGGAAAAGUCUAUUAAACAUCAAAUUAGGUUAUGGUUUUACAAAUUAAGCACCAAAACAUCAUGUUUUACAACAAAUUUGACAGAAAAAGUAGUCCAAUAUACAGUAAUGCUAUGUAGUAAUUACUGUAUUUAUGAAUUUAGCAACAAAAUAUCAUGAUGUAUUGAAAACAUUGACUACAAAAAUGCGUUGGAUAAUCCAGAACGUUGGAUAAGCGAGUGUUGGAUCAGUGAGACUCUACUGUAUAUAUAUGGCAUCCUCAGAGGUUGUGAGGUCUGUUAAAAACUAAGCAAGUGGGGUUUUUAUACAUAUAUAUAUAUAUAUAUAUAUAUAUAUAUACACAGUAGAGUCUCACUUAUCCAACAUAAACAAAUUAAUUGAUAUUCAUACAAAUAAGUUGAUACGAAUAAUACAAAUUGAUAUUCAUAUAAAUUGAUAUCAAUACAAAUUAGUUGAUAUUCAUACAAAUGGAUAUCAAUACAAAUUAGUAUUAGUGAAAAUUGAUAUUAAUAUCAAUUUAUAUUAAAUAAUUGAUAUUGAUACACAUUAAUACAUAUUAAUAUUAAUGGGAAUGCAGUUAAUAAAAAAAAUUAAGUGAUACGAAUUGAUUCAUAUCAAUGCAAAUUGAUAUUAAUACGAAUCAAUAAGAUAUUGAUUGAUGCGAAUCCAUAGAUAUUGAUUGAUACGAAUCCAUAGAUAUUGAUUGAUACGAAUCCAUAGAUAUUGAUUGAUAUGAAUUGGUGUGAAUUAAUUGAUAUUAAUUGAUAUUAAUUGGUACGUAUUAAUUGAUAUUAAUUAACUGAUAUUAAUUAAUUCCGAUUUGUAUUUUUAAAGGCAAGAGUUGACCUUGUGUUCCCAACUUUUGGCCUUCCAGGUAUUUUGGACUUCAUCUCCCACCGUUCCUAGCGAGUCCCCUAAUCAUGGAUUUUAUUCUAAUUGGGAGUAUUUAUUGCCUCCGGAAAGCCACAAUUACCCAGAAUUACUGUCAAUGACGAUCCCCGUGUUAUAGUCGAUGUGUACAGUUUUGUUUUUUAGCAUAAAGAACUAUGCAAAAACGGGGAAA